ACAUUUAGUUAAACUUUAAUAAUUUACAAGAAGUGAAAUUAUAAGAAAAAUAAAAUGCAUCCAAAAUAUGUGUUAAAUUAUUUUGGCAUACAAGGACGUGCUGAGGUAGCUAGAUUGAUGUUUCAUUUAAAGGAUGUUAAAUUCACUGACAACCAAAUCAGCUUUCAAGAUUGGCCAAAUCUUAAACAUAACCAUUCAAAGUUUCCUUUGGAACAAAUGCCAACAUUGGAAGUAGAUGGACAAGUGAUUUGCCAAUCUGCAGCAAUUAAUUUUUAUUUAGCUGAAACUCUCGAUCUCUAUGGAGCAACUAUUACAGAACGAGUGGUCAUUAAUCAAAUUUACGAGACUCUAAGUGAUUAUACAAAAGAAUACUUUGAAAUUGAGUAUAGUAAAUCAUUAGACGAAAGUCAAAAGAAAGAGGCUUUUGCUGAGUUUUCCACCAAGGAAACUACAAAAUUGAAGUUUCAAUUUAUCGAAAGUUUGCUCAAGCGUAAUAACUGUGGAACUGGAUAUUUUGUUGGCGAUUCGAUCUCUCUUGGAGAUAUAGUAUUCCAUAGUACCUGUGAAAUGAUCGAUGAAACAGUUUUAAAUAAGUAUCCUUUAUUAAGAGAUUUAAACAAUCGAGUUAAAGAAAGUCCUAAACUAAAGCCGUAUUUAACAUCUCGUAACCUUUUAUUUCAUCCUUGAACAACUCACCUUUGUUAAUAAUUUUUUACAGUUUAUUAAUUUAACUUAUAUUUUGGUUAUUCCGGAUAUUUUUA